AUGGCCGACACCGGGAAGCCAAUGUUUGCUGAUUCUGAACGAGUGCUAUGCUAUCAUGGGCCGCUUCUUUAUGAAUCGAAGUGUAUCAAAUUUGAAAUCGACGACAAUAAUGGUAAAAUGAAAUACUUGAUCCAUUACAAUGGUUGGAAUAAAAAUUGGGACGAAUGGGUGCCGGAAGAUCGUGUCUUAAAAUACAACGACGAAAAUUUACAACUUCAGAAGGAUUUAAAAUUACGUUAUCCCAAUGUUAGAAGAACAAGGAAAAAGAUGGGCGAAAAGGAGAAAGGUGCCUCUACACCGUCCGCUAUCGAUAAAGCUACAUCCAGAGUGGAGCCAACCAGAAGAAAACGAGGAAGAAAUGAACAGUCCAUAGAAUCGGAGGACGGGGUAACAGCGAAAGGCGAAAUCAAAAUUAAACUACCAGAAGAAAUGAAACGUUGGUUAAUCGAUGAUUAUGAUUUCAUUAAUAGACAGAAACGGCUGAUCAAGUUGCCUAGAAAAUUUGCAGUUGAUGACAUUCUUGACAGUUACAUAAAGGAAAAGCGUGGAUCACCAGCUGCUGUAAGUGGCUUAGCAAGAGAGAUUACUCUUGGACUUCGAACCUAUUUCAAUUCCAUGUUAGGAUCCCAACUGCUAUAUAAAUUUGAACGUCCGCAAUAUGCAGAGAUUUUAAAGACAAACUCUAAAGAUACGUCAUUGUCACAGAUUUACGGCGCAGAGCACCUUCUAAGAUUGUUUGUCAAGCUUGGUAAUGUGAUGACAUAUACAACGUUAGAUGAAAAAAAUAUAAACCUUGUACAGCAUUUCGUCGAUGAUAUACUUAUGUAUAUACAUCGAAAUGAAUCUAUAUUUCUAACUUCGGAAUAUGAAACAGCACCACCGGAAUAUAAUAGAAAACUUAUCUAA